AUGUGGAUGUUCAAUAUUCUACUCGUUCUUCUCCUUGUUUUUGUGGCUUCUGACGAAGACACAUUACAAGUUGUAAACGAUGACGAAUACAAAUUUGGAGAUUUGGAGUUUGAUUCCCUUCCUGACAGAGUAAAAGAGGUGAUACGUUCAAGCAGAGCUACCGACAAUGGGGAUCAUUGGUGUUGCAAGAUUAACCCUACAAAGACUAUCGUGGAUUCGCACGUGUCCACCGUACGUGUGACUGUACCAAUCAAACACACCGGCACUCGACACUGCGGAUUUCUCCACCUUGGGCGAUGCCACACCACAAGCUACACAACCGGGUAUAAGACGGGUUAUCAUGCUACCUACACCAGCAGAGUGGUAUCCACAACAUGUCCUGAUCAACACCUGACGUGUUGUAAUAAUUAUAUCUUAGUAGCUGGACAGUGUAUCCCUGCAAGCCGACUCCCAGACAUCAAAGACGACCUCAUUAACUUGCACAACCAUAAUAUAGUUGUUGGUUAA